UGCAAUUCAUCUGUCAAUAUAAUUUGAAUAUGCCUGAGUCUUGUUGUUCCUGUCAGUGUGUUAAGAGCACUGAAUGAGGUAAGACCUGCUCAGAGUUCUUGUGUGUCACAUUCAGUUGUUUGCUUCCUCUGUGCUGAUAGAUGAUCUGCCUCACUCUGCCUGCAGUAUGGUUCAAGUGGAUCAAAACAGCACACAGGUGCAAGUGUCUGAGUUUUUUAUUGUGGGCUUUCCAAGUCUCCAGCAGGAGUAUUUUCAUCUAGUGGCAUGGUUCUUCUUCAUCCUUUAUGUGAUCACAGUGGUGGGCAACAUGGUCCUGGUUGUAGUUUUUGCUCUGGAGCCCAACCUUCAGAAGCCAAUGUAUAUCAACAUGGUGAGCCUGGCUCUCUCAGACAUUGGUUUUACCACAGUUGCUUUACCAAAACUCAUUGCUCGUUAUUGGUGGAACGAUGGGAGUAUUGGCUUUCACACAUGCCACUUUCAAAAACACAUGAUCUAUUAUUUUGGCAGUUUAAACUCUCUGAUUUUGCUGACCAUGGCUGUGGACCGAUACCUGGCCAUCUGUUUUCCUCUCAGAUACCCCAUGGUGAUGACAAUCCAAACCAUGACGGUCCUGACGGUCUUGUGCUGGGUCACGGCUCACAUCUUUCCAGGCAUCAGCACCUUCUUCACAGCCCAAAUGUCAUAUUGUGGCCCCAAUCAAAUUGUUCAGGCCUUCUGUGACACUGCUUCUUUACUUGCUUUAGUUUGUGGAGACACAAGCUAUGCAUAUUCUGUCUCCUAUAUUUCAGCAAUGUUUAUUCUUUAUGUUCCUUUAGGCUUUAUCAUCUUCUCCUAUGUUUGCAUUGUUCUUACAGUCUUACAGAUGGUCAAUGGACAGGGCAGAAUGAAGGCCUUUUCCACUUGUGCCACUCAGGGAUUUAUCAUUUCUGUCUACUACUUACCUCGAUUUUUUGUCUACACUGCACCGUACAUUCCUAAUUUUCAAAUGACUGAAGACAGGCGGAUGGUCACGAUUCUUUUCUACAGUUUCUUUCCCCCACUGAUAAACCCAUUUGUCUACUGUCUCAGAACCAAAAAGAUACCGGAAAUUUUAAGGUUAUGGAUCCAGAAACAUAAGACUAGCCCUAUACAAAAUAUAGCUGGCCCUGAAUUACAUUAGCAAGAUCUCUAUACAUUGUAGAUAAUGAAAUACUGCAUUUUUUUUAUCUUGCUUAUGUGUUUUAUCUUGACCAUCUAUUAUAAACUAGUUUAAAGCACCUGGUUAAUAUUAUUCUUAAUGCUCUUUGUGUUAACCUAAAGCUCAGUUUAAUUGCUUACAAGAAUUUAUAAGCUUCAAAUAAGAUUUUGACCAUCCCAAACUUUAAUUUCAAUUUCUCUUUCUUUCUUUCUUUCUUUCU